AUGGGCCGAGGCCAAUUGUAUGAGGUUCAACAAGACCAAGUGCCAGGUCCUGCACUUGGAUCACAGCAAGCCCAUGGGGAAGAGUGGCUGGAAAGCUGCCCAGCAGAAAAGGACCCCCAGGUGUUGGUUGACAGCCAGCUGAACAUAACCCAGCAGUGUGCCCAGGUGGCCAAGAAGUCCAACGGCAUCCUGGCUUGUAUCAAGAAUAGUGUGGCUAGCAGGAGUGAUAAAGAAUUAAAAACUGUACAAGGAGUAGUGACAAGAUUUUGCCAUGAUUAUGGGAUGAUAGAUGACAUGAUAAUCUUCACAAAGGAUGAUGUUACAAAAAAUACGCCGCUGUCUGUUGGACAGGAAGUUACUGCCACUGUUGAAGAGGAUAAAACAUCGGGUGGCUUGAAGGCCAUCAGGGUAGACGCCAUCCAGAAUACAUGGGGAGACUCCAAUCCUACUUGUGAUGCUUCUGAACUAAAUACGAAAAUAUUAAUCGGCAGUGUUACCUCUCUCUCUAAGGAUGGUGGCUAUAUUAAUCAGAACACUUUUUUUGCAAUGGAAGAUGUCUGUGAAGGUUUCAAACCUUGUGAAGGUGACUGGGUACAAGCAAAAUAUUUUAUUAACCCGACAACAUGGAACAGUGAAGCAGUUGCUGUGAAGCCUUUGAGAUAUAAGCAAGUGGACAAGGUUCGCAUUUCCAGCAUCACUGGAAGAAGUGGUACAGUAGAUGAGAGUAUAUUUUUCACUUUGGAUUCAUUGAGACUUCCUGAUGGCUAUUCACCUUGUAGACACGAUCUAGUGAACGCGAUUGUGGUGGAGAGCAAUCAGUCAUGCUAUAUUUGGAGAGCUCUCUGCUUGGUGCCAGUCAGCCAGAACGGACAAUCUCACUCUAAUGGAGUCAACCUGGAUGAGCCUUAUGAAAACUUAAUGAGAGACAAAGGAGGGUUGGAAAUAUCGAGAAUGACUAAUUUUGGAACUCUGAAGCAGGGGGAAUCUAAAAGCAUGAUCAUUUGGAUAGAGAAUAAAGGGAGUGUACCACAGUCCUUAAUCAGCUGCAGAUUAGCUGGAUGGGUGAAAGACAAGCAAUUCAGUUUUCACAUUCCUCAAAACUGUGAGAAGAGUCCAGAAGCACAUCUGUCAUCUUUUCCAAUAAAUCAAGAAAACCUCUCAGAAGCUGCAAUUAAUUCAUAUAACGAGAGCAAAGGAACAACAUAUGAGUCAUUGAAUAAUACAUCCAUUAUGAAAAAUGGAGUCAUUCCAGAAGGAAUUAAUUCUCAGGAUACAAAUUUAUCAAGGACAAAAGAAAACUUUUCCUUGGUGAAAGAUGAAAAUCUACAUAAUGGAGAAGAUGAACAAAGAGAAGAUGUGGAACAACCAAUAAAGCAUGUCAAUGUUACUGCAGAAAUUGUCAUACCACCAGGUGGAAAAACAUUCAUAGUGAUCACAUGCACAGCUGUAAACCCUGGAUGCAGUAAAGAACUCCUGUUGCUUGGUUUCUCUGAUUUUACUGUUGGACGCUAUAUUGAAGCCACUGUAACAAAUGAAGAAGAAUUACUAAUAGCACCUGUAGAACCAUUUUCUCCAAGAAAGCCUAAAAUUAUUCCAGAACCUCAGCCAAGGAAGACAACAGUGGUUGCCCCUAAAUACAGAAGAAAUCACAGAAAGCAGUUGCCAAGCUUUCUUCCACAUUAUACCAUACCAGAUGAGUUAAGAAAAUGUGUGGAGCAGAAAUUAGACAUACUGACCUUUCAGCCUCUCCUAGCAGAACAUCUUAAUCUAGAUAAUUAUAAAGCAAACUUUUCUACUCUCUUGUGGCUUGAAGAAAUCCAUGCAGAAAUGGAGAUAAAAGACUUUAACAUGAGUGGGGUUACACUGAAAAGGAAUGGGAGCUUUUUAGUGUUGGAAGUGCCAGGAUUGGAAGAGGGCAGACCUCGCCUGGUUACAGUGUUAUUUCCGGAAAGGCUUGUCGUACAACCACCGCAAGCUAUCAAGACCCAGAAUACUACUGAGUAUUGUGUUGUUGAUGAUGGCCUUGAACAAGGUUCCCAGCAGGAAAGUAAGAUACAUUAUACUCUACCAGAUAGUCGAAUUUUGGUUUGUGCGCCAUCAAACGCUGCAACAGAUCUUAUUUGCUUGCGGCUGCAUCAAAGCAACCUGUUAAAACCGGGAGCUAUGGUCCGAGUUAAUGCUAGCUUCAGGUCAGCAGAGCAAAUCAAUGACAUGGUGAAACCUUACUGCAAAGAUGGUGAUGAUGUUUGGAAAGCAUCGUGGUUCAGGAUAAUAAUUACCACAUGCAGCAGUGCAGGAAUGUUUUAUCAAGCAGAAAUACGGCUUGGACACUUCACUCAUGUGAUUCUGGAUGAGGCAGGGCAAGCAAGUGAACCAGAGAGCCUGAUUCCUAUUGGGUUGAUUUCAGAAGCUAAUGGACAGAUAGUUCUUGUGGGAGAUCCAAAGCAGCUAGGGCCAGUAAUAAAAUCUAAAAUUGCACUGACUUUUGGAUUAAAUGUGUCCUUUCUGGAAAGACUGACAUCAAGAGAGCUAUAUCUGAGAGAUGAGGAUGCUUUUAGUGCCUGUGGAGCAUAUAAUCCUUUGUUGAUCACAAAACUUGUAAAGAACUACAGGUCACAUUCUGCAUUGCUUGCCUUGCCAUCUAAAUUGUUUUAUAAUAAGGAGCUAGAAGUUUGUGCAGACACUUCAGUAGUAACUUCUUUGUUGCGUUGGGGGAAAUUGCCCAGGAAGGGAUUUCCAUUAAUUUUUCAUGGAAUAAGGGGAAGUGAAACACGAGAAGGUCACAGUCCUUCGUGGUUUAAUCCAACUGAAGCAGUUCAAGUAAUGCAGUACUGUUGCCACCUUGCUAAAAAUGAAAAUGCUGCAGUGUCAGUGACUGAAAUUGGAGUGAUUACACCAUAUCGUAAACAGGUAUAA